AUGGACCACGAUUCGCCUCCACUUGAUCCGUUUGCUAUGCCUCGAUUGGAGGAUCUGCCUCCAUUCGAUAUGUCUCUGUUCGAAGGAUCUCAGCCUAUUCCACCGCCAAAGGUCGUUAGUGACGAACAGCACAUACGUAAUCGACUGCUUCAGCCCUGGACCGAGCUCACCAAAGCGGAAUCACUCUGCUAUGCUGGAGACGUGUGCGCCGCAACAACAACGAUCAAUCAUAUACUCGAUAAAGGCACACAGCCCGAUGAACUGCACUACUGCCUCUUGGCGGCCAUUCUCGCAGGCAGCGAGAGUCUGGUACGAGUACUCCUGGACAACGGCGUGCCCAUUGACUCCCAGAAUAUCAAGGCGGCGAUUCGACGAAAGUCCUCGACAAUGCUUUCGCUCUUUUUGCACCAUGGAUGGGACGUUAACGAGCAGGAGGAUUGGUGCACUCCCCCACUUCUCGAAUAUGCCGUCGCUGAAGUCCCGGAUGAACCUUUGAUACAAUGGUUUUUGGACAACGGCGCUGAUCCAAACACAACUUCACAAAUGGAUCUCACGCCACUCUCCACAGCUGUGUCCUUUGCGCCUUUGGCCAUCGUCAAGCAGCUCUUCGCCCAUUGCCCUCCGGACACCUUCUUCCAGGGACAGCUGCUCCACUGGGCCGCGGGUAGAAUAGCCGACGAUGCAGAAGAUGUUGUACGGCUGGUUCUCGAGCGCUGCCCGCCUGACAUUAACAAAAUAAAGUACGAAAACGAUGAGUUCUCGUUUGUAAUGCGUAGAUGUGCCGGCUUAGGAACUGCCCUUCACGAUGCUGCCACGUCCGGACACCCAAGCGUUGUUCAAAUGCUCCUCCAGAUGGGUGCGGAUGUCUCUAUCCGCGACUCCUGCGGAAAAACGGCUCUGGAAGUUGCGAAGGCGCAUGGCCAUCACGCUGCUGCCGAGUUGCUCCAAUGCGCCGAGAAGAGUCCCGCGGCGAAGAUGUAG